GGGGAGCGGUGGUAUAUCCACUUGAGAAAAUGAGGUUUAUUGGGUUGUAAGUACUAUUACUACUACUAGUAUCACGUCUUUGGUGCAGCUUCUGGUUGGGGCUGGGGUUCUUAUUUAACCUUUUAAAUGAAUCUUUGAAUUUUUAAUGUAUUUAAGGUCGGGGAGGGGGUCUUAAAAAGAAAAGAGAGAAAAAAGAAAGGGUAAUGCAAGAAGGAGCGUAGGGUAAAGCAAAAGAAGAGGUCUUUCUCAUACACAGAUCCCUAUGGAAUGCAGGAAGGAUGCCCAGCAUAGCUUGCUGGAACUCAUUCUUUUUGUUUAGUUUAAAGGAACUUGCUUUGUUCUCUUUAGAAAUCUUUUCAGUGAGGGAGAAAAAGAGAGAGAAGAGUCAUGCAUAUAGAUUCAGUUGCAGGAGUUUUAGAUUUGUUUUAGAUGGAGUUGUUAGAUAUGGUCCAAUCACUUCUGCAGCUACAAAACAAAACCCCCCCAGUUUUUUCUUUCUCUUCUUUUUCUUUUUCAGAAUGGAGUGAAGCAAGAAGAAGGUCGGUUUAUGAUUAGUUUAUUUGUUUCCCAAUGAUUGAGUUGCCCUGCGCUAAGAGAAGCUUGCCUAGAAUCUUUGCUAGGUGGGAAAUAAGCAUAGUAAGAAGAUGAAGUCCAUGAGUAAUGAUGAUAACAACAAUAACAAUACUAACUGGUUAGGUUUCUCUCUCUCUCCUCACAUGAAAAUGGAGGUUACUAAUCAAGACCCUCGUCACCAAACACAGUCUGCUUCUGUCUCCGCCGCUGCUGCUGGUGUUACCACAGCAGUUCCAUCAAGUUUUUUCCACUCUCCAUCCCAUCUUAAUUAUGGACUUUAUUAUGGAGUUGAAGGAGAAAAUGGUGGCUUGUAUUCUCACUUUUCUGCGAUGCCACUUAAGUCUGAUGGGUCUCUUUGUUUAAUGGAAGCUCUUGGCAGGUCACAGCCACAAGCAAUGGUUCCUACUUCAACUCCAAAACUGGAGGAUUUCUUUGGGGCUGCAACCAUGGGGUCCCAUCACUAUGAAAGCGGUGACAGAGAAGCCAUGGCUCUAAGUUUGGACAGCAUGUAUUACCAUCAUAACCCGGACCAUGAGCACAACAACCAAACUUGCCUCGACCAUCUGCAACAGUCCUCCAGGCAGCAGCACCAACAGCAGAUUCAGGUCCAACAAUACCAAUAUUACUCAGGAUAUAGAAACCAAGAACUGUUACUAGGAGAAGAAGCGAAAGAAACCCAUGUUACAGAUUGCAAUCUUCAGCUCCCAACAAUGGCAGAUGAUGCGGCACCUGGCAUGAAAAACUGGGUUUCGAGAAACUACUCGACUGACCAUGCAAUGCCUCAGAAGAUGAUCGGCUGCAUGGGUGAUAAUGGAGCUGAAUCUGGCUCUAUCGGUGCAAUGGCAUAUGGAGAUUUACAGUCUUUGAGCUUGUCCAUGAGUCCUGGCUCACAAUCAAGCUGUGUUACUGGUUCACAGCAAAUCUCACCUUCUGCAACUGACUAUGCAGCCAUGGAUACCAAGAAAAGAGGGCCUGAGAAUGUAGAUCAGAAGCAAAUUGUCCACAGAAAAUCCAUUGAUACUUUUGGGCAGAGAACCUCUCAAUAUAGAGGUGUUACAAGACAUAGAUGGACGGGAAGAUAUGAAGCCCAUCUAUGGGACAACAGUUGCAAGAAAGAAGGGCAGAGCAGAAAAGGAAGACAAGUUUAUCUAGGGGGUUAUGACAUGGAGGAGAAAGCUGCAAGAGCUUAUGAUCUAGCUGCACUCAAGUAUUGGGGACCCUCCACUCACAUAAACUUCCCAUUGGAAAAUUACCAAAAAGAACUUGAGGAAAUGAAGAACAUGACUAGACAGGAGUAUGUUGCUCACUUGAGAAGGAAAAGCAGUGGUUUCUCAAGGGGAGCUUCAAUGUACAGAGGAGUGACAAGACAUCAUCAACAUGGAAGAUGGCAGGCUAGGAUAGGCAGAGUUGCAGGGAACAAGGAUCUUUAUCUUGGAACAUUUAGCACUCAAGAAGAAGCAGCUGAGGCUUAUGACAUAGCGGCUAUCAAAUUCCGUGGGGUGAAUGCUGUGACUAACUUUGAUAUAACGAGGUACGAUGUGGAAAGAAUCAUGGCAAGCAAUACCCUUCUUGCCGGAGAACUCGCUAGGCGAAACAAAGAAAUAGGACCUGGAAAUGAGGCCGUCAGUCGCAACCUUUUAACUGAUAACAGCAGCGGUGAUACCAAUAUUUCGCCCAAGAACAAUGAGAGUCAACCAGACUGGAAAAUGGCCCUCUAUCAGUCCUCCCAACAACUUGAGCAAAAACAGCCUAACAUGAUUGAGUACAAGACUCAGACUUUCUCUUUGGCCCCAGAAAACGUGGUUGCCAUUGACACAAUCAGCUCAGGCCAGAGAGAGGUGGAUGAUUCAAGCAAGAUGGGGACUCAUCACUUGUCCAAUGCUUCUUCAUUGGUGACUAGUUUGAGCAGCUCGAGAGAAGGUAGCCCAGAUAGAAGCAGCCUACCAAUGCCGUUUGCCAUACCUCCUCCAGCAUCCAAGUUGUUCACUGGUUCAGCAACUACUGUGAAUUCUUGGAUUCCUUCAGCUCAGCUGAGGCCUGCACUCUCCAUGCCUCACAUGCCAGUUUUUGCUGCCUGGACAGAUUCAUAGAUUAGACGUUUGGUAUAGUAGCAAAAAAGUUUUUUUUUUUUGUUGCAUGGGAAAAAAAAAGCAUGAGGAAAAAGAAAGUUUGGUCUUUUGUGAGUUUUUCUUAGUGGAGAAAAUUGAGGAGUUAAUGGAGGUCUAUGUGGGACCUGUUGUGAAGAAGAACAAAUUUGAAACUCAAUAUCCUUUUAGCCUCUCUUAUGAAGAUCUUGAAAAGAAAAAUUGGUAGAGGGAAGCUUUAAAGGCAUUAUGAUUGAAGUCUAUGAAAUGAUAUUUGCAAUAUGGGGGUGACCAUAUUCAUAAUUAGAUUCACCUUUAUUGGUCC